AUGUACUCUAGCUUCCUGCAAGCUGAAGAAGCGGCGGUAUGCAUGCUGACCGUGCGGUGCGACGGCUGUGGAGCCGUGUCAAGAGCCCAGGCCAAAGUUCGCGGUCAGCAAGGGGGGGAUGGGCUGAGGCGAGACUGCAUCGACCCAACAGCUGCAUCUCGUCGACGACUCGAAAACGUGCAUCUGCGCAGUGAGCUGCCAUCGCCUCAUCAGCAACCUCGCUCUCGACCUAUACAACCACACAGCCGCAAAGCUUGCAUAGCCAUGUCUGCUCAGCCUGCCUCUUCGGCCCCCGCGGCCGCUGGCGACGCUGGUGCCGCCGCCGCUGCCGCACCGCAGAAGCCAUUCCAGACGAAGCUCGUCCUUCUCGGCGAAGCCGCCGUCGGCAAGUCGUCCGUCGUGCUCCGAUUCGUUCAGAAUGACUUCCAGGAGAACAAGGAGCCCACCAUCGGCGCCGCCUUCCUUACUCAAAAAUGCCGUCUCGAGGACCGCCUGAUCAAGUUUGAGAUCUGGGACACCGCGGGACAGGAGCGCUUCCACUCGCUCGCACCCAUGUACUACCGCAACGCACAGGCCAGCGCCGUCAUCUACGACGUGACCAAGGCGAGCUCGUUCGAAAAGGCAAAGUCGUGGGUCAAGGAGCUCCAGCGCCAGGCGAAUCCCAACAUUGUCAUCGCGCUCGUCGGCAACAAGAUCGACCUGCUCAACGAGUCGUCCAGCAGCGCAAGUGCCAGCGCCGACGACAAAGACGACGACGACGACACCGCCACUGCCACCCCGGAUGCUGGCGACUCGCUUCGUGCCGUGCCCAAGGACGAGGCCGAGGCGUAUGCCAAGGAGUCCGGCCUGCUCUUCUUCGAGACCUCGGCCAAGACCGGCGAGGGCGUCGUCGAGGUCUUCACCGAGAUCGCAAAGAAGAUCCCCAUCGACCUUCACCUCGCACGCAACGCCGCUGCGGCUGCCGCCGGCGGCAACGGCGCGCGCCAGGCAAGCGGCAACCAGGCCGGCGGCCCCUACACUGCUGGUCGCGAGAGCAACACCUGGCGCACUGUUCCAGUCCGCACGCUCGACCCCAGCCCAUCCUUUCCGGCUACUACUACCACCACCAACCCUCGCCUCACUCCCAACAGGCCGUCACAUCGCGUCUCGUCAGAGUUCGGAGCUCUGCAACGCAUAGCCGGCAAGAUGCGAGUAUCGUCGAAUCGCGGUCUCUUCCCGCGCGCGCUGAGCAUGCUCGGCGUAGUUGCGCUGCUGGCGCUCGCGCUGCUCUCGACCCCUGCACGCGCCAUGGGCGUCGUCGCCUUCGACUACGGUACCGAAUGGAUGAAGGUCUCGCUGGUCAAGCCCGGUCUGCCGUUCGACGUGGUGCUGGACCGCGACUCGAAGCGCAAGAUCCAGUCCGCCGUCUCGUUCAAGAAGUGGGGCCUGGAAGAGGAGAUCCUCUUCGGCACCAAUGCGUACAACCACGCUACGCGAGAACCCAAGCAGUCCUUCUACGGCCUCAAGACCCUCCUCGGCCGCACAACCGCAGACGACGACAAGCCUUACCUCGACCUGUACGCCUCGAUCUUUGGCAACGACGUCGUCAGCUCCGACCGCGGAACAUGCUCGCUCAAGAGGCCGUUCGAGGCUGAUCCCAAGCUCUCGAAUCUUCCCGUGCUCUCCGUCGAGGAGCUCGUGGGCAUGCAGCUCGAAUACGCCAAGAAGCUCGCCGAGGAGACGGCGGGCGAGCGCGUCAACCCAUCGCUGCCCGCCGGCUUCAACAUCGGCUCGUUUGGCGGUCUGGAUGCCGUCGUCACCGUGCCCGCCUUCUUCAACGCACAGGAGCGCCAGGCCAUCGUAGAUGCUGCCGUGCUCGCUGGCUUCCGCCCGCGUCUCGUCUCGGACGGCGCAGCGGCGGCGGUCAACUAUGCACAGACGCGUACCUUUGCGCAGCCCGAGAAGCACCUCUUCUUUGACGUCGGCUCCGGCUCGGUGCGCGCCACCGUGGUCGAGUUCAGCACCAAGCCCGUCGUCAUCGACUCCAUCCUCUCCGCCGGCAAGAAGGAGGCGACGAUCGUCGACGUCAAGGGCGUCGGGUGGGAGCGCAACGUCGGCGGUCUCCAGCUCGACCUCAUCCUGCGCGACAAGCUCGUCGCCGACUUUGACGCCAAGCACGCCGCGCAGAUCGGCGGCUCGAUCAAGACCAACCUGCGCGCCAUGGCGCGCCUGCUCAAGGAAGCCAACCGCGUCAAGCACAUCCUCAGCGCCAACGACGCCGCCUCCAGCAGCGUCGAGAGCUUGGUCGACGAGAUCGACUUCCGCACCAUGAUCCAGCGCCAGGACUUUGAGGACGCCGUCGCCAAGGCGGGUCUCUUGCCCAAGUUCACCACGCCCAUCCAGCAGGCACUUGCGGCCGCGGGCAUCAAGCUCGACGAGCUCAACUCGAUCGUGCUUGUCGGCGGCAGCACGCGUGUGCCGCUGGUGCAGAACGCCCUGCGCGAGGCAGGCAUCCCCGACUCGAAGCUCGCGCAGAACGUCAACGCCGACGAGGCGGCCGUUAUGGGCGCCGCCUUCUACGGUGCCAGCUUCAACCCGCAGUUCCGCAUGAAGGAGAUCCGCGCCUACGACCUCGUGCCGUACGCGGUCAACCUCAAGGACGCCGACGGACACGAGGAGGUCAUCUUCCCCGCGGCGUCGUACGAGACCGAGCACGUGGUGCGUCAGUACUCCAACGUCAAGGACGACUUUGUCUUUGAGCUCGAGUACGACGCUUCGGCGCAGAAGGCGCUGGGUGCCGGCACCGACCGCGCCAUCUCCAUGGUCGAAAUCAGCGGCAUCGAGGAGAGCCUCAAGGAGCUCAAGGCGAGCGGGCAGCUGGACCAGGUGGACACGCAGCUCAACCUCACCGUCGUCAGCCGUCCGCUGGGCACGUACUCGGUGGAAAACGUCGUGAUGGUCGUCAAGCCCAAGGCUGGCGGCAUCGCCGGUGCGCUCAAGUCGUUCUUCGGCGUGGCGACGCCCAAGAAGGCGAGCAACGCCACCAGCACCAACUCUACCGCCACCAACGGCACCUCGAGCGACGAGGCCGGUAAGGAAGAGGGUGCAGACGACGACGACGAGACGCUGUCGUCGGUGCCGGCCAAGGACAAGAUCGUCAAGCUGACGGCGCGCACAAUCCCGCAGAACGAUGCGGUGCGCCCCAUGUCCGGCGAGGAGAUCAAGCGCAGCAAGGACAAGCUGUGGACGAUGGGACAGGCCGCGACGCGCAAGGCGCAGCGCGAAGAGGCGCGCAACGCGAUCGAGUCGUACCUCUACCGUGUGCGCGAUCUGGUCGAGGACUCCACCUUUGCCGCGGUCGCCAAGGAUGCCGAGCGCAAGGCGAUCGCCUCCAAGACCGACGAGCUGUCUGCAUGGCUUUCGGACGCGGGCGAGACGGCGGACACGGCGACGCUCAAGCUCAAGCGCGCCUCGCUCGAGUCGCUCAUCAAGCCGCUCGAGACGCGCGUGGAGCAGGGCAAGCUGCGCACUGCGGCGUUUGCUGCGUUUGAGACGUCGCUCUCCGAGGCGCGCGCCUUUGUCGCCGAAGCGCGCGCGAACCUGACUGCGGCACUCGAGAGGAACGAGGCGAGCAAGUACAGCGUCGCGGAGCUCGACACGCUCAGCGCCACGCUCGACAAGGACGCCGAGUGGUUCGCCAAGGGCAAGGCGCUGCAGGACAAGAAGGGCGCCAACGACGACCCGGCGCUGCUGAGCACGGAUGUAGAUGCAAGGAGGAAAAAGUUCUCGGAGACCAUCGCAAAGAUCAAGAAGAGGCGCAUCGCAAAGACGCGCCCGCAGAAGAAGAAGCCCGCCGCCGCCGCCGAGUCCGACAAGAAGGACGCCAAGGAUGCCAAGGACGCCAAAUCCGAAGCGGGCGACAAGAAGGACGAGCAGCCUCCGCGACACGAGGAGCUCUGA